AUGUCUAAAGCCAAAUAAGGUGGUAAUAAUUCUGAGUGCAUUAAGGUCGCAAUCAGAUGUAGACCUAUGUCAAAGAAUGAGAUUAAGGAUCAAAGAGAGUAGGUUGUGAGAAUGGAUAUAAACAAGGGAGAAGUUAUCAUUCAAAAGUCUUCUGAAGAAAUUCCUAAGAUUUUCACUUUCGAUAGAGUCUACGAUCAAUACGCUAUCUAAGAAAAUAUUUUCAAUGAAAUAGCCUACCCUAUUAUUGAAAAUGUUCUUGAGGGAUACAAUGGAACCAUUUUUGCUUAUGGUUAAACAGGAACUGGUAAGACCCAUACAAUCAGUGGUUUGCCAAAGGACCCUACUCACAAGGGUAUAAUGCCUAGAUCAUUUGACACAGUCUUCAAAUCGAUAGAGUGUGAUACUAAAUGUCAAUAUCUGGUCCGUGCAUCUUAUCUCGAGAUCUACAAUGAAGAAAUUAGAGAUUUAUUGUCCAAGAACGGAUAGAAUAAGUUAGAACUCAAAGAGAAGGAUGGAACAGUUUAUGUCAAAGACCUCUCGACCUUUGUAGUUAAGUCACCAGAGGAUAUGAUGGAAGUUUUCAAUGAAGGAACAGUCAACAGACACGUUAGAGCAACUAACAUGAAUGAUACAUCAAGUCGCAGUCAUAGUAUUUUCACUGUAACGAUUGAAUCAUCUCAAAUUGGGCCAGAUGGUAAAAGUCACAUCAAGGUUGGUAAAUUGAACAUCGUAGAUUUGGCUGGAUCAGAGAGAUUAGAUAAAACAGGUGCUUAGGGUGAAGGAGCAAAGGAGGGUAUCAAAAUUAAUCUUUCCCUUUCCACUCUUUGCCACGUUAUUAGUAGUUUGACAGAUCCCAAGUGCACAUUUGUUCCAUACAGAGAUUCUAAGCUUACUAGGUUAUUGCAAGACUCUCUUGGAGGUAAUACUAAAACUUGCAUGAUUGCCAAUAUUGGUCCAGCUGACUACAACAUUGAUGAAACUCUUUCAACUCUUAGAUAUGCCUCUAGAGCUAAGAACAUUCAAAAUAAACCAAAGAUUAACGAGGACCCUAAGGAUACAAUGAUCAGAGAAUUCUAGGAUGAAAUUUCCAGAUUGAAGGCAGAACUUGAGUAAUUUUCUGGCGGAAAAUACAAUCUUAAUGGUGCAACUGUGGGGCCUGAUGGUUAGUAAAUCAUUGAAGUAGAGAAAUUCAUUCAUGUUGAAAACAAAGAACGCAUGAAGCAAAUGGAGGAAUCACUUGAAUAAGAAAAGUUAAACAUUAAGAAGAAUUUCGAAAAGGAGCGUAGAAAAAUUCAACAAUAAGUGGAGAUGGCGGAAGAAGAAAAGAGUAAAUUCUUAGAGGAGUUAAAGCAAAGAGAAGAUCAAGCUAAUAAGGAGAAGAGUAAACAACAAAAACUACUUAAAAGAAUUAAGAACAUGGAAGAAAAACUUUUGCAUGGAUCUGAGGCUAUGGAGAAAGCCAUGAAGCAAGAGCAAGAUUUAUUGAAAAGUAAAGCUGAGCUAGAAGAAAAGAGAAUUUUAUAAGUCAGAUUAGAACAGGAAUUGAAAUCAAAAGAAGAGGAAAAGAUAAAUCUAGAGUAAAGGUAUUCGAGUCAGUAAGAUGAACUUGAAGGUAAGAAGAAGGAAAUAGAUAAGAUUUGGAAGAAGGUUUAAAUGAAAAAGAACGAAAUAGGUGACUUGCAGGAUGAAAUUCAUAGAGAACGAGAAGAUCUCAUGGAUCGUAUCAGAGAACUAACUAGAGAAAUCAGAUAAAAGCAUCUCAUCAUUGAUCAGUUUAUACCUGCUUAAGAGUACAUGAGAAUUGAGAGAAGAGCAGAAUGGGCAGAGGAUAUUAAUGAUUGGAUUAUUCCAAAUGUUGAAUUCACUGGAAACAACAUUAAGAUCUAAAAGGCCAAAAAGAAGGAAGGCAAUAAUGCUUUUGCUAAUAAUCUCUUUGAAAAUAUUUUGAAUCUAGAAGAAAGUGAGGAUGAGGACUACGAAGCAGCAGCAACAAAGAGAGUUAAUUAGGCUAUCAAUAGUAUUCUAAAUGAGGAGGAAGAAGAAGUUGGCUUGCAAUUCGUUCCACCAGAGAAGCAGUCAGUCUACUUCAAAUACACUGAUGAUGGAGCAGUAAGAGAGGAUCCAGAGCAAGCUGCAAAGAAAGAAAAGAACAAGAAAAAGAGACUGCAAAGUGCUAAGAGACCUCUCACUGCUAAAAAGAAGAAGGCUGAUAUGGUUACUGGCGAUCUAAUAUCAAUGGUUCAGUCUAUGACCAGCUCAUAGGCAGCUGAUAAGAUUAUUAGAAAGAGUAAACAGGUCAUCUAUCCAAAAGCUCAAGGACUUGUUUAGGAUUGA